AUGGCUAACGAUGAAAAUGGUUUACACGUGGUUAAUGAAGAUGAGGAGAUAGGAGAUCAAUUUAUUCUGGUACUUGAUCCAACAGAUAAUGAUCCUGUAGAAAUUCUUCUUUCAAAAGACCAAACUUUGCCGAUUUCUUCACUUGAGCACGCUUUUCCUGGUGCCCAUGGCUUAAAAUAUAAAAAUCCAAGUACUGGUGGAAAACGGAUUGUUUCGUUUGAUGAUAAUAAAAAAGCUUUUGUGGCACCUUCUGAUGGAUGGGGAGGAAAAUUGUUUGAUGUUAUUUUUCAACCAAAGGUUCCUCCUAUAGUCAGUGUUUCGUCGGGUGAGUUUUUUUAA